AUGCACUUCAACAUCAUAGGCCUGAUCAGCGUUGCCAGCGCCAUCGCUGUUUCGGCUAUUCCUACGACAUACUUCUCUGUAGAGGCAGAGCUCAUAAACAAGAAAGGAACCCCAAUCUACGACGAAGACUACCACGAAGUUAAGUGGUCUAAAAUUUUUGGUCCUGACUGGAAGACGAGAGGCAUUGGUCAACUCGGCCGCGGUCUAUACCUGUCGAAUUUACCCAUGGUUACUCAAGAGCCAAAUAUAUGGUUUUGUUUCAUUCUGGCGAAUGCUGAGAAGCUGGCGAAAGUCCCAAAGGUGUUCAUACCGGAGACUAUGUACAACGGGGGCGAGAAAGCGUUCGAGAAUCUCAUCGGAGACAAGUGGAAGAGCACUCUACGUAUGGAUGAGAAGAAGGGGCCCAAUGUCCCCGAGGGGUUUACCCAGAUGUUGAUUCCACCGGCCAUGGUUCAUAAUGACGAUUUAGGCAUGAAGGCGACUUGCUACAGCUCCGUGGCCGAACUCCCUGUCUCCAAGAAGAUACCGUGGGAUUUUGAUAAUCUGAGAAAGCUCAGCGAGUAA